UAAAAUGAACGCAGCUAGGAUUACCAGACAGCCUACUAUCUGUAAGCCAAAAGCUUUAGUCAGGAAGAACACUUCUAAAAGAAGCAUCAUGAGUGGACAUUCUUCGAUGAGGAAGAGUAAGAAGGUGUCCAAGAGGAGUAUAUUGAGGAGUAGGAUUUCAGAGGAGGAUGUGUCACAGGAUGGUGUUGGGGAGGGAGGACAGGCUGAGAUUGGGUUUUUGGAGUUCUUGAGGAUUGCUAAAGAGCAUUUUACGGAUAAAAUGAAUGUCUCCAAUAUUAACAUAAUUUCUACAAAAUAUGCUCCGCUUAAAGAUUUUCAAGAGGAGAAAGAGAAGAAUGAGAAAUAUCAAGAAGAGGUUAGGCCUCUCAGAGCAGAUUUCAAGAAGAACAACAAGCCACAGCUUCAAAAUGAGUAUGAUAAAUUAAAUUCUCGACAGAUUAGGAUAAAGAAAGGAGAUAAACGUUUUAGUCAACACUACUAUCUCCUCAACCAACAACUUCGAAAUCUCAAAAUCGAAGAAGAAAUAAAAAGGGAUAUUAUUGAGAAUCUUAAUAAAAUUACUAUUGAAAAGAAGGAAACUUGAAGAAGCCUAGUCUACUAUUGCUUAAAGAGCAAUUUGUUUAAAAAUCAAAACUUCAAGGCUUUAAUGGAGGAUGUUACUGGGGCUGAUAGAGAAGGAGUAAAUAUAUUAUCAUCUCCCAACUCAAGCAGAGAAUCUAUUAAAUCAAAAUAAAGCUCCCAAGUCAAAAUCUAUAUCUAUAGUUAAAUAAGUACCUCACGAGUAAAGGUGAAGAAAUAACAAAGAAAGAAGCUGAACUAAGAAUGCUCCAGGAGAAGAUAGAGCAAUUAAAUUUUGAGAAGAAUAGCAAUUAUUUUACAAAAACUCCAUCUUUCAGCAACAUAAACUUCCAAACUGAGCAUACCCUAGAGAUGUUUGACACUAUCAAACCAAGAACAAUGACUGAGAAAGCUCAAACAAACCCCCACACAACUAUAGCCCCUCCAAAGAUCUUAAAGCCAAAGCCUAUUCCCGAAAAAUAAACUCCAUAGAAGCUUUUCAAAUA